CCGCCCACCCCCGCCCCUCAGCCCCCUCCUCCUACCUCCCGCAAGUGGGCGCAGAGUUCGCCGCGCGCCCUGGCAGCUGCCUCCAAAAUCUUGUGCCUCUGCGUCAGUUCCCCUUUGUCAACUUUCCAGAACCAUGGGGUUGGGACCCCAUCAUCCCAUGCUCAAACGGAUUUCGGGACUGUAUCUAGUCUGGCUGGGUGGCUUCACUUUUCUGGACUCAGCCAUUGUCCGCAGCGUGGGAUUGUUUUGAGACCAGCUAUUCCAGACAAGGGCGCUUGUAGGGGAUCAAAGUGACCCCACACAGGACUUUUCUGGAUCAUCUGCACUAGACCCAGGACUUUUCAGGAGCUUUGAGACUCUGGCUAUUGGACGUUUUAGGGGAUCAAAAAGUAUUGAUUCUAGAAUUUUCCUGGGAUCAUCUUCUUUCCAGGCAGAAGACUUUUUAGGGGCUCAGCGUCUCUGAUUUGUGAGGAGCAAGUUUGUCCAGAGUGAGAAAGUUUUGGAGAAGCCAACUUUUCUGGAUGGGGAGGGAGUUUGGCUCCAUUGGUUUGCUAGAAUCUACAUUUAUAAGUGAAUCAGGUUUUUUCCCAAGAUAAACUUAUUUUUGAGAUUAUUUUUCUAGGUUUGUAAAAAUGUUGGUCUGUUUUCUUUCUAGAUUGGGAAGAAAUCUGGGUUUAUUUUUUUGAGCUCAGGAUGAAAUUGGGUUUAUAUUUUUCUAAAUUGGGAGCUGAACUUGGAUUUAAUUUUCUUUCUAGGGUGGGAUGAAAUCAGUUUGAAUUUUUCUAGAUCGGGGGGGGAAAUUGAUCUUAUUUUUUCUGUCUCAGGGUGAAACCUGGAUUUAAUUUUUUCUAGAUUGGGGCAGGAAAAUCAGGGUUUCAUGUUUCCAGAGUUGAGGGAAUUGGGGUGAAACAUUCCUCGACCAGGGAAAAUGGAGGAUUAAAGUUUUUGUGUUUAGGAGACAUUUUGGGGAGGGAGGGGGUUGAAUUUUUGCAGACUGAGAAAAACGUGUUUUUCCCUCCAGACAGGCAGAAAAUACAAUUUUCAUUUGUUCUAGAUGCAGCACAUUUAGGGGGGUCAUUUUCCAGAUUACAGAUGUUUUAUUUAAAUCUGAAGGGGGUUACUUUGCUUUUAAACUAGGGGAAGGUAGAGAAUUUUAGAAAAAUUGGGAAGGUAGAGAAUUUUAUUUUGCCAUACCAAAAAUUUAUCAGGUUAUUUUUCCAGACUCAAGUCAUUUCUUAGGACAUAAAUAUUCUUGUAGGUCAAAAUUUUGGGCUAUCUGGGGGUUGCUGAGUCUUGCCAAAUAGAGGAAAUGUUGAAGCAUUAAAUAUUCCCAGAUCGUGGUGGUUCAGGUGUCUGUCGAAGGAUUAUUUUUCUGGAAUUAUUUUUCCCGAUUGAGAAUUCCUCCCUUGGUGAUCAAGAUUUCACUUGGAGCCCAUAGUGGAUUUUACUCUGCAGAGGCAUUCUGGAUUGUCCUGAACCAUGGAAGUCUGGCUGCUUUGUUUUUGGAUUCCCCUCAGUCAGGCAGUGGAAGAGACUUUGCUGAACACCCGUCUGGAGACGUCGGAUCUGAAGUGGACGACAUACCCCCAAACUGAUGGCCAGUGGGAGGAGCUGAGUGGGCUGGACGAGGAACGCCAACAGUCGGUGCGCACCUUCGAGGUGUGUGCGGUGGAGGGGCCGGGCCAGGAGGCCUGGCUGCGCAGCAGGUUCGUGGGACGCCGGGAGGCGUCGUAUGUCUAUGCCGAGCUGCGCUAAUCUCUAUACCCCCUUCCCUGCCCCCAACCCCUGUUCCCAUCCGGCAGUGGGAGGAGCUGAGUGGGCUGGACGAGGAACGCCAACAGUCGGUGCGCACCUUCGAGGUGUGUGCGGUGGAGGGGCCGGGCCAGGAGGCCUGGCUGCGCAGCAGCUGCGCUACACGCCGAGCAUCUGACCCGCAAGCGGCCGGGCGCCGAGGCCACGGGCAAAGUCAACGUCAAGACGCUGAGGCUGGGGCCCCUUACCAAAGCUGGCUUCUACGUGGCCUUCCAGGACCAGGGGGCCUGCAUGGCACUGCUGGGUGUCCGCCUCUACUUCAAGAAGUGUCCGGGCACUGUGGUCCGCCUGGCCACCUUCCCCGAGACCGUGCCCCGGGAGCUAGUCAUGCCGGUGGGUGGCGCCUGCGUGGAUGGGGCUGUCCCAGCAGGCCCCGGGCCCCUCAGCAUGUACUGCCGGGAGGACGGACAUUGGGCAGACCAUACUCCCGCUGGUUGCGUUUGCCUGGCCGGGCAUCAGGUUGCUGAGCAGAAUACCCAGUGCCGAGCCUGUGCCCCCAUGUACUUCAAGGCCACACAGGGUGAAGGCUCUUGCCAGCUCUGCCCCUCCCAAAGCCACACCUUGGCAUCUGGCGCCACCAUCUGCUCCUGCCUCAGCGGGUACUUCCGCGCCAGUUCUGACUCCCCUGACUCUCCCUGCACCACGAGUGGGUGUCCGGGGGGGCUGCCCUGCCGGCGCUGCGCCCACCUGGCCUUCGACCCUGGUGUGGACAGGCUGUCGGAGCCAGGGGUGAAGGUCCAGGGGCUGCAGGCGUAUGUGACGUACACCUUUGAGAUCCAGGCUGUCAAUGGCGUGUCCGACCUGAGCCCCAAUCCGCCCCAGUCUGAGUCGGUCAACGUCACCACCAACAAGGACGUGCCCCUGCCCGUGGCUGAGAUCCUGCAGGCAUCUGUCUCCCCCAGUGGGAUGCUGCUGACCUGGCCGGUGCCCAGCCCCCUCAGCGGGCGCAUCCUUGACUAUGAGGUGAAAUACUAUGAGAAGGGUGCGGCGGGCGGGGGGGGGCCCAGGCUUGUGCUGCACCGUGGGGCACUGUAUGGGGUGCAGGUCCGCGCCCGCUCUGAGGCCGGCUACGGAGACUUCGGGCCAGAGAUUGUCUUCCCCACGCAGGGCAGCGGUGAGUCCCCUCUCCCCCAGCCUGGCUAUGCCAAGGAGAUCGAUGUCUCCUGUGUCAAGAUCGAGGAGGUGAUUGGAGCUGGAGAGUUUGGGGAGGUGUGCCGGGGCCGGCUUAAGGUGCCUGGGAAGAAAGAGGGUUGUGUGGCCAUCAAGACACUGAAGGGGGGCUACACGGAGCGCCAGCGCCGGGAAUUCCUCAGCGAGGCCAGCAUCAUGGGGCAGUUUGAGCACCCCAACAUCAUCCGGCUGGAGGGAGUGGUGACCAGCAGCACCCCGGUCAUGAUCCUCACCGAGUUCAUGGAGAACGGAGCCCUGGACUCCUUUCUCAGGCUGAAUGAGGGGCAGUUCACGCCUAUCCAGCUGGUGGGCAUGCUGCGCGGCAUUGCCUCCGGAAUGCGCUACCUGGCCGAGAUGAGUUACGUUCACCGGGAUCUGGCCGCCCGCAACAUCCUGGUCAACUGCAACCUGGUCUGCAAGGUCUCCGACUUCGGCCUGUCCCGCUUCCUGGAGGAGAACUCCUCUGACCCCACCUACACCAGCUCCCUGGGCGGGAAGAUCCCCAUUCGCUGGACAGCCCCUGAGGCCAUCGCCUUCCGCAAGUUCACCUCGGCCAGCGACGCCUGGAGCUACGGCAUUGUCAUGUGGGAGGUGAUGUCGUUUGGGGAGCGGCCCUACUGGGACAUGUCCAAUCAGGAUGUAAGUGUGUCCCCCCCCCUCCGCCGCCCUGGGCCAGAGCAGGUCUGUGUGGCUGUUAACCAGCUGCCACAUCUCAGAGGUGGCCGCAUCUCAGUGCACAAAGUUCCCAUCGAUUACUCCUUUCCUCUGUGUAUGAGCUGCGCUAUCGUCUCUCGCGAUGGUAGCGGGCCUUCCCACCCCCUGCUGGACCAGCGGGCCCCCCACUGUUCCUCCUUCAGCUCCAUUGGCGACUGGCUCCGUGCCCUCAACAUGGGCUGCUACGAGGAGAAAUUCAGCACCGCCGGGUUCAGCUCCUUCGAACUGGUCAGCCAGAUCUCAGCCGAGGACCUGCUCCGAAUUGGGGUAACGCUGGCUGGCCACCAGAAGAAGAUUCUCUCCAGCGUGCAGAACAUGCGUAACCAGAACAAAACGGCCCCGUCUGGAGGAGCUGCAGGGGGGCGAUUCUGACUGUCCUCCGACCCCUGGAGCUGGGACUUCACCGGAUCCUGGGUUACUAAUGGGACCCUGGUUGCACUGCAGGGCUUUUCCCCUGGAACUUGGGGGGGUCAAGCUUCUCCCACCCCUUCAGGGAUUGCACUUUGUAUAUUUGAGCAGGAAGAGUUUUGUCGUUGGGGAGGACAUGGCCUCUUGGUUGAGGGUUCCAAGAUGGCUGCCCUCUAACCAAGUCUCAAGAUGACUGAUGAGCUCUUUGGUCAAUGGCCAAGAUGGCUGCAGUUAAGUCAUCACCCAAGAUGGCUGCUCUUGCUUGGGGGUCCCUAGGCAAGUGCCGUGCAGUGCUCAUGCUCUCCUGAAGGCCAGCCAUUGGGUGUCUCCCAAGAUGACUAGUGGCUGGCUGGAAUGCCCUUUGUGUGGGGCAACCAACAUGGCUGAUGGAUGGCAGUGACUUCUGGAGAUGGCUGCCCGUUGAUAGUCCAGGUUCUCAAAAUGACUGCCUGUUGGACAAGGAAUGCAUGAUGGCUGCUCCGUGGGGGACACCAAAGCCAGGUGACCCUUAACAUGGACAUUCAAAAUGGCUGCACUGCAGUCAGGUGCAAGGCUGGCUGCCAGUGACCAACAUGGCCGCUCUUUCACUAGAAGCCUUAUCGUCUCCCCCCAAUAUUUGAGCGGUAGUGAUGUAAUGUAAUCAGGGUGCCCCCUCAUCUCCCCAAAGAUUGGGGGAUGUCUCCCUGGUAUCUACUUGAAUCUCAUCCCCUCUCCACCAUGGGGGGGGGGAACUAAAAAUAUGGGGUUGCCUCCCACAAAGCCAAAGAAUGACUGUCGUCAGUGAUGUCAUUGCUACUCAAUGAUGUAAUUGAUUUGGGAUAGCCAAUAUCAGCAAAAUCAGGGGUUGGGAGAUGCCACCAGCCAGCUGCCAUCUUGUGAUGUCAUAGGCAUCGGCAGUGAUGCCAUUGCUGUGGCUAUGUGAUGUCAUUGGGAGUGGCUAUGGCAGUGAUGAGAGAACUGGUGAAACGGAGGAUGGAUGAUGUCAGCGCCAGAUAACUCCAGGAAAGUAGUGUGUGGAAUCAUGAUGUCUGCAUAGGCAGCGUGUGAUCUCAUAGCCAUAUUGCAUAAUGAUGUCAUCAAUGCUAUUGUGUAACAUCAUCUCUGAAUCAUCUGGUGACAAGAUCAGACAGGAUUGUGAUGUCACUAUUACUAGCCUAUGAUGGAUGAUACUGUGCUACUGGAACUCUUGCCUACUCCCCCUGUGAUGUCAUUGAGCUGUGAGAUCAUGGUGGCUGGACCUUGGGGACGGGGGCAAUGUCAUGAUGUCAUUGUGAGGUCAGUACCUGGCACAGGGCUUUCACCUUCAUAUUGAAGGUGAAUUUAAUGUAUGUGUGCUGUGACUUGCUUUUGAACCAAAGUUUUGGGGGUGGAAUUGUGGGGGAGGUAAUUUCCCCUGCCAUUGAUCUCCCAACAAUGGGACCAGCCCCCUGCCCUGGAGCCAGGACAGCAUACAGGGCAUCAGGCUCUCCCCUGAGCCAGUGUGGAAUCGGGGUGUCCCCCACCCCUCAAAAUAAAGUGGGAUUAAAUCAAGUUAGAGGAAAUGCUUGGAGAUGGCACGUGAUUGGGAGAGCUGCCAAUUUUGCCUGGGGGUGGGGCCUCUGGGAUGGAGGGGCCUGGAUCAGGCUUGCCCCAGGCGCUGGGGGCUUGAUGAGACUAGAGAGACUCUGAACUGGGGCCUGGGAACUGGGUUCUCUCCCUGGCUCUGGGAUGUAGCUAGAACAGCUGCUGUUCCUGUGACCCAGGCAACCAGGACAGAAAGGGGAGGGGAGGAGGGAGGAAGGAAGCUGCCGCCCAGGCCCACCUCUACCCUUGGCACAGUGUGCGGACAAAAGGAAUCAGUGCUGGCGGGUGGGGUCCCCAGCGCCAUGAACCCCACCCAAGAGCUGGAAGAGAGCCCAGGAGUCCUGGCACCCUGCCCUGCUGUGGCCCACCAGCCCCUGCUCCUGCUAUUCAUGCCUUAUGCACUCAGUUGAUGUUUCCUUCCAUUUGCACGUGGGGGGAGGAGCAGGGAGGGUUGAUCUAUAAAAGGGAAAGUUUAUGCAUUUGCAGCAGGGAAUGUAAAUACAGUGACAGAGGGAGGGGUUGAGCUAGCAGGGUCUGUAGGU